GUGGGCGGUGCCGCCCUUCGGACUUCCGCGUUCCCCAGGGCAGGUCGUCCGGCGGUCCUUCAGGGAAGGCGUUCGGCGAGCGAUGGCGGCUACGCGUGUACGGCCCUCCGCCCGCGAGAUUUUCACGACACUGGAGUACGGACCGGCGCCGGAGAGCCACGCAUGCGCACUGGCCUGGCUGGACACCCACGACCGCCUCUUGGGCCACUAUGUCAAUGGGAUGUGGCUGAAGCCGGAACACAGGAAUCCAGUGCCUUGCCAGGACCCCGUCACAGGAGAAAGGCUGGCCAACUGCUUGCAAGCACAGGCUGAGGACAUCGCUGCAGCCGUAGAGGCAGCAAGGACAGCAUUCAAGACCUGGAGCCAACUUCCUGGGGCUGCUCGGGCUCAACACCUAAGCCGGUUGGCCAAGAUUAUCCAGAAGCACCAGCAGCUGCUGUGGACCCUGGAGUCCCUGGUCACGGGGCGGGCUGUUCGAGAAGUUCGAGAUGGAGACGUCCCACUGGCCCAGCAACUGCUCCAGUACCAUGCAGUCCAGGCAGUUGCCCAGGAGAAGGCGCUGGCCGGCUGGGGGCCUAUGGGAGUUGUUGGCCUCAUCCUGCCGUCUUCUUUCUCUUUCCUGGACAUGAUGUGGAGGGUCUGCCCUGCCCUGGCUAUGGGCUGCACUGUGGUGGCUCUUGUGCCCCCAGCCUUCCCAACACCUCUCCUCCUGGCUCAGCUGGCAGGGGAGCUGGGCUCUUUCCCAGGGAUCCUCAAUGUGGUGUGUGGCCCUGCCUCACUGGGGCCUGUCCUGGCCUCCCAACCUGGCGUCCAGAAGGUGGCCUUCUGCGGAGCUGUGGAGGAAGGACGAGCUCUGCGGCGGAGCCUGGCAGGCAGGGGGGCCGAGCUGGGCCUGGCCCUGGGCACAGAGUCACUGCUGCUGCUGCUGGACUCAGCAGAUGUGGACUCGGCUGUGGAGGGUGUUGUAGAUGCCAUCUGGUCAGACCGCAGCCUGGGGGGGCUCAGGCUCCUCAUCCAGGAGUCUGUGUGGGAGGAGGCUGUGAGGCGACUGCAGGCCAGGAUGGCAAAGCUGCGGAGUGGACCAGGGCUGGACGGGGCUGUGGACAUGGGGGCCCGAGGAGCCGCCGCCCGGGACCUGGCCCAGCGCUUUGUGGACGAGGCCCAAAGCCAGGGUGGACAGGUAUUCCAGGCUGGGGAUGUGCCCUCCAGCCCAUUCUUCUCUCCGACCCUGGUUUCUGGCCUGCCUCCAGCUGCCCCGUGUGCCCAGGCCGAGGUACCAUGGCCUGUGGUUGUGGCUUCUCCUUUCCGCACCGCCAAGGAGGCCCUGGCCCUGGCCAAUGGGACGCCGCGGGGAGGCAGCGCCAGUGUGUGGAGUGAGAGGCUGGGGCCCGCCCUGGAGCUGGCCUAUGGGCUCAAGAUGGGCACUGUGUGGAUCAACGCCCACGGCCUCCGAGACCCUGCGGUACCCACAGGUGGCUGCAAAGAGAGUGGGUCUUCCUGGCAUGGGGGCCUGGAUGGUCUGUAUGAGUAUCUGUGGCCCUUGGGGACACCUUCAUGGGAGCCCUUCCUUUGCGAGAGUCUCAACUAUGACACCUUUGGCCUUGCUGUGCCCUCCAGCCUGCCGUCGGGGCCAGAAACAGGGCCCAGCCCAGCACCUCCCUAUGGGCUGUUCAUUGCGGGCCGUUUCCAGGCUCCUGGGGCCCGGAGCUCCAGGCCCAUCCAGGAUUCUUCAGGCAAAUUGUGCAGCUACGUGGCUGAGGGUGGAACCAAGGAUAUCCGAGGUGCUGUGGAGGCCGCUCACCAGGCUGCCCCUGGCUGGGCGGCCCAGUCUCCAGGGGCCCGAGCAGGCCUGCUGUGGGCCCUGGCCGCUGCAUUGGAGCGUAGGAAGCCAGCCCUGGCCUCAAAACUAGAGAGCCACGGAGCAGCGCCUGUGGUUGCCAAGACUGAAGUAGAGCUGAGUGUGAGGCGACUCCAGCUCUGGAGCACCCAGGUUCAAGACCGAGGCCAGAUACUACAGGUGACAGGGAUGAGAGGCCCUGUGCUCCGGCUUCGGGAGCCCCUCGGAGUGCUGGCCGUGGUGUGCCCAGAUGAGUGGCCUCUGUUGGCCUUUGUGUCUCUGCUGGCCCCUGCCCUGGCCCACGGCAACGCUGUGAUCUUAGUACCCAGUGGAGCCUGUCCUCUGCCAGCCCUGGAGGUCUGUCAGGAUGUAGCCGCCCUGUUCCCUGCUGGCCUGGUGAGCGUGGUGACUGGAGAUCGGGACCACCUGACCCGCUGCCUGGCCUUACACCAGGACGUCCAGGCCCUGUGGUACUUCGGCUCUGCCCAGGGCUCCCAGUUUGUGGAAUGGGCAUCUGCAGGAAACCUCAAGUCUGUGUGGGUGAACAGGGGCUUCCCAAGGGCCUGGGAUGAGGAGGUCGAAGGGGCAGAAGUGGAGCUGAGUCUGCACGCAGCACGGACCAAGGCCCUGUGGUUGCCAAUGGGGGACUGAUGCCGGAAGAUAGACGCCUCCAUCUUGUGUGCCCAGAGAUACCAGAUGCUUGCAGUUUUCCUCUCAGACUUCCCAUGGUUUCCAAUAAACUGAGUGACUUUGA